CUUCACAUCAUCAGCAUUCGAACCUCUGGUCUCUUCCGCGGAUUUGACUCAUCUUAUUUCUUCGUCGUCGAGGCCGAUACAGCACGCCGUAACAGAUUUUCGGUUCUUGCUAAUUAUAUUCAUCUCUUCUUUUUCGCCCGAGGCUUGGUCGUCUACUACGCUGUAAGACCAACAGAUUUCACAGGUCUUUAUCACCAUAGUCGGUGGGCGCGAUUAGCUAGGCUACGCUGCCGCUCUGGCAUGUCAUUCAUACCUGGACUAGGAGGGCUUAACGGUACAGCAAACGGUUCGAUGGAAGCUGACCCAGGACUCUUCGUUCAGCAGUUGCUAGACCAGGUGCAGCACAACAGCACUACCCCAGUUUCGCGCACUCCAGUUCAAACCCAGCCGCCGCCCGCUACGGUAACGCCCAUAAAGCAAGAGUCGGAUGUGUCGGAGCCUACACCAGCCGAGGCUUUGCAGCCUCCUCAGGCCCUCGCUCAGAGUGGAAUCGGUAUACCCUCGCCGGCAGACAGCACUGCCGUGGAUGUGCCGCAAUGUCUGAUAUUUGGUGGGGAGACGGGCGAAGACGAAUUUCUGAUACCUGGUAGAUGUUUACAGAAGCUGCCGCAGGACGUUCUUCUUAACUUGCUGAAAGACGGCGAGCGAAUGGGUUCCGUUCACCGUCUUGGCAGCACGCCUCAUUGGGAGUCUAUGGUUCGUCUGAACCAAUACUUAGACCAUGGAGACUACAAGCCUUUCAAACCCUCGAUACCUGUGGAAUAUCUAGAUGCGAAUGGCAACGCCCAUAUAUGGAACAAUAGGGAUAGUCCCAACGCCGUCGAGAUACCGCGUGCCACUCUCGACCUUUUCCUGAGAGAAAUCGACCUCUAUCUAUUUGCAGCUAAGCUGGGAUAUACCGAGCUGCGCAAGACCUGUGCUGAACGAUUAUGCAGUCGCUAUCCAAAAUCUACUGAGAGUAUCAUGGCUUUGGUGGAGAAGGCGGGUCCUAUAGCCGUGCAGAAUGAAGAUCGUGGCCUCAUAGCAAAGAUCAUUGCGUACAUCAACACGAACUGCCGAGAGUUGACCGCAAUGCCUCAAUUCUUGACACUGCUCCGUAAAUUAACGCGUGGAAAACCACCGCUAGGCUCAGCCUUGCUCGAAGCAUACUUCAGUGCUAGUGAGGCACUCCGACGCGAGGUGAUGUCCAAGGGCCUCGCUCGCUCAGCUGCUGCAGAGGUCGAUUCAAAUAUGACAUCGGCCCCGAGCUCUAAAAUAAAUGCACCAAUAGGGCCAAUUACUCGCCCAUUACCUUCGGCGCCGGCAAGUCAUUUGGCGCGAUAUUUCAACUCCCCCUUCUCUGCGUUGGAGAUAUCAAACCUGGUAGAUGCACUUAACAAGCAAUGUCUCGUGGUUGCGAACGAUAACGGAUAUGGCACACUGGUGCGCGAGAAUAGUCGUAAGGUGCGCAAUACAGACUUCAAGUUCCAAAAGGGCGAGCUCUUGGUCGCUGAUCGGGAGGCGCACACGGCUAAUGGGCGGCAUAAUAUGCUCGUCAUGAAUUCGAGAGGAGAAGUUGGCGACAUUCUACGCACACUUGUCAAGAAGGUUCCCUUAGGACUUGGUGUGCUCGCUCCAGAGCAUGCAGUCAACGAUGGAAAGAUUGCCCCAUCUAGAUUUCCUGACCGAGAAGAGCGAAUCUAUAACCCGAUUCCCGCCCCACCUCAUCGUGGACGCUCCCGUUCUCCGCCGCCUGUUCGCAGUCAUCACAGUUCAACGUGGAGAAGUGGUCUUCGUUAAUUAUAUUUAUACGUAUAAUAGUCGGUCUCCCGUUGAGACGGCCAUGGUUCAACGUGAAUGCCGCAUGCAUUCCACUCUUGCAUUUUGUUUUCGCAGAUAAUUGUUGUCUAUCCUCUCCAUUCACCUGAGUUUUUUUUUAUCACACCCAAGGAUUACCAGCGUUCUCUUUCGUUAAUCCGCGGAGAACGCCUAAGCAUAAGAUCGGAACUACUUUACAUUCUACAAAGUACUGGCCUUAGAGUCCGUUAUUUGUCCCCUUCUCUGCCGGGACCGAUGCAAGGCGGGGAAUGAGGGACUGACGAGAUGGACGCAGACUCAUCUCGCAUUCCGUAUCUGACGUUCAAGCGAUGCAAACAUUUUAAUCAACGUUUGGAUCAUGAAACAAUACAGCUGCUAAUCAAGAAACAUGGCAACGCGAAACCAUUGCCAAGGAGAGUCUGGUGCGCUCUGCUUACAUGCGACCUAUCUUGUUUUUCUUUCUUACCGAGAACAUGAGAUGGUUGUCACUUUGCAGAGCGGUAGCAAAAGGAUUCCUACCUGGCAGCUGAGGUGUCCGACUGCUAUGUAGACACGCCAGCGACACAUACGUCACGAGCAUUGGUGCAACGAACUGACAGGCAGGCAGGUGCGGAAAGAACCGGGGCCUGGUUCUCCUCAUUGUUCGAUGAAGAUAAACGCGGGAGAUGGAAUUUCACAGGUGGUAGACCCUUGUGGGAGGCAAGUGUCGAUCAUCGGGUCAAGAAAGAGGAAGGUCAAUCAAUGACAUGUGUGUGUUUUGAAGUGGCUCGUGGUCGCCCGACGUGUGAGAUUGCCGCACAUGGGACUCCAUCCUGCGAUCAUGCUUUUCCGUUAUAAUUUUCUUGAUCCUUAAAUUUUCCAUUUUUCUGUGCGCUUCGUCUCUACUCUUUCUCCACCUGGUUCUUUCGUUUCUGCGCAGCAAAGGGUCUAUGUCUUUGUCGUAGCUGAGCACGUGUACAGACAGGGCAGUGUGUGUGUGUGUGUUUUGAUUCCACGCUUGUCUCUCAC